UAAUUCCUUAGGAAAAUAUAAAAUAGUGUUAUUAAGUUUCAAACGUAUCUCUCAGAUUACAUUUAAACAUUUGAAAUUAAAACAUUUUAGAAAUGAAUAUUGUGCAAAGUUUCGAUAUCAAUUGAUUCAAAACAAUAUAAAUGGAUUAAAGAAGAUACUUAACCAUAUCUGUGGGUAGCAGACAAAUAAAAUGGCUUCAGUACCGAACCCUACUUUGUCAAAACCAAAAUUUCUGAAUUGGGUUAAGGCUGCAUUGGCUGUUCUUUUCGCAAAAGAAGAAAUCGGGCCUGUUGUUGUUGAUGAAAUCGUACAGUUCCAACAAAAGUGUCUUCAGGAUAUUUCUAUAUCAAAUGGAUUAUCAGCGGGGAGCACCUGUUCAAACUGUAACACGGAAAAUAUUGUUGUUUGUCCAACAAAUAAGAUUUGCAACGUCAAUCGAGGAAAAUGUGGUUACCAUAGGAACCGUGCAACACAGUUUCACUCCUAUGGUUGCCCGAACAAAAUUUGCCAUAAUAUGAGAUCUGAGAUUAAAAAUGCUCAUCGUUUUUAUGGUCCAUCUUUUAAAAACACCGAUGCAACUCAGUGGUGUAGUAAUCCGUGGGAAAUUGCGAAAUGUUUUAUGCCCCCCGAUGGUUACAAGGAUGUAAUGAGUGCAGAAGAUACCGAUUUUAAUGGUAUAGUCAGUGUAAUUGUUAACUUCAAAGCAUUUGAGACAAAAAUAAACAACGAUCUCUCCAAAAGGAACAACAUAUUUGACAAGGGUAGAAACGUUGGUAAAGCUAUUAGACAUUCUCCAAAACUAGAGGUCGAGGAUUCAGAUCUUAUACAGUAUUUUACAAUUCUAAAUGAUAUAUUGACUGAUCCUGGAUUCAUAGCUUUAAAUAAAGUACCAAACAACGCAAUUCAGAAAUUAGCAAAGCUUCAAAUGGAUGAAUUGAUCAUCGGUAAAGAUGUUGUUCGCGCAGUCUUGGAAGAUGUAGGCAAAGCUAUCCAGGAACAAAUAAGAAACGAGAUGGAUGAGUUCAAACAAAAGACUGAUCAACAAAAAAUAGAGCUUAUUGAGAUAAUAAAUUUGAAAGUAAAAGAUAUUGAUGAUGAGGGAAAUAUUUCACUGUCCAAGCUAAAAGAUACAUUCACGUCGUCAAUUGAUGCUUUUGAGGCCAAAGUACAAAAGGCUAGUCAAGAGAUAUAUAAGCAGAAAACAAAGGGGAAAAGAAAGUUAAAAAUUGUUGCUAAAGAGGAAGUUAAAAAAUUAGGGAAGAGGGAGAAAAUGUAAUAAAAGAGAUACAAAAAGUUGCGGAAAAACCCAGGGGUAUUGAUGCUGAUGCUAAGCUGUCGGAGGAAACAUAUCAUAAACGAACAAAAG